AUAGCGUUACAGAAUUCAGAGAUUUCAGAACAUGGCACCAAUGCCGACUCAAAUUAUUCCUUUCUCCCCUCUAUGUCGAUCAAACCACGAAUUAAAAUUCAUUCCAGCAAUGAAAGCAUGGCCACUUCUGAGUUCUGAUUCAUGAUAUACUGAUACCCCUGCGACUCCCAUAUUGCGUUUCAUAGAAUUUCAGGUUGAAAAAGAUGUUGGAGGUCGAAACAAGUGAAUUCAAACAAUUCUGGAUUUCCCGUUUCAUCAUGGAAAUCUUUUUUUGCUUUGGCAGUUGUGCCUAAAAAUGAUUCCUUUCUGGCUAGCUUACCAAGCAUGAAAAUAAUUUUCACAGCCCCCCUUCGUUCCAUCUCCACGUGUCCCCGCUUCCUUCUUGCUGCUGCUGUGUCCAUUACUAGUACACCUCUCCCUCAUUUUCCGUUUCACCAAGACAUCUGUCUCUGUCUUUGCUCACCACCCUCUCUCUCUCUCUCUUUCACACACAGAGACACACACAGAGGCACUGCUAUUCGAGCAAGAGCAGAAAUUGUGCAGGAUAGCAAAAUUUAACGAUUGCAGCUUUAUAUCUUUGUUUCAUUCAAACGGACCCAUUUGGUUAUUUAGAAAGGAGAGUUUAAUUUAUUUUUUGUUAGCUUCUAUGGGUUCCGAAUAAAUAGGCCUUCUUAUCUGUUGUUGGUUGCUGUUUAUAAGUUUUCUUGGUUUUAUUUCCUUCGGGUUUUUAGAGGGGUUUGACUCUUGAGGCUGAGCUGAUAGGUGAGGAGGUCUGAAUCAUGAAGGGCCAUGCAUUAGAAGAACAAACAGUUUUUGAGGAAGAACAGCCGGUUUUUGAGAUAGGGGUUGUGGUACCGAAGAGGGACGAGAAGCAAGAAAUUGAUAAUGAGAAUUGUGUUGACGUUCUUGCUGCUGAAUUCAGGAAGAUGGGCUUAAUUGUCGAGAGAGUUGUUGGCCUACAAAACGAAAUUCUUAAGUUGGCAGCACCUUUAGCAAUUCUCGGGAAGGCCGCAGCUGAGUUGCAAUUGAAGAAACGAACUUACAUUGGAGUAGAUUUGCAGUUUGAAUGGGAUGAGAUUGAUGCUUUCAAAAGGCAACCAGAUGGUUCCUUAUUCAGUUGGCAUGAGCGUCUCCUCUGCUAUCAUCACAUGUUGUAUGGGACUGUGAAUGUGGACAACUCCAUCAUGUUGAAGUUUGAUAACAAGGAAGUAUACUGGGAGAUGGGAGAAUCUGUACUGAGGAAGCUUGAAUUGGAAGGCAUUGUCAAAGAAGUCUUCCCGCUGCAUGAUGAUGUGAUGCGGAAGCAGCUUCUGAAAAUUUGGGCUCUGAACUGGUGGGACUUCACCAAGCAACCAAUUGAUGAGAUAUGUUCAUACUAUGGGAUGAAGAUUGCCACCUAUUUUGCUUUCCUUGGAAUGUACACGCGCUGGCUUUUGUUUCCUGCUGCAUUUGGACUUAUUCUGCACUUGAUUGAUUUUGGAUCGUUGCAGUUAUUUGUUCUCCCAGUCUUCUUUGUAAGCCUUGUAAUGUGGGCUGUACUAUUUUUCCAAUUUUGGAAACGUAAAAACUCGGCCCUCUUGUCCAGGUGGCAGGUAAAUCAGGCACCUGGAGCAGGUCGUGAACAUAAAGCUUUUGAUUUGGAGUGGAGUUUGUUCCAAUACCCUUCAGAGCUCAUGAAAAAACAGGGCUCAGACAAAAUUAUAGAAAAAGAAGUAUAUCAAAGAGAGGAAUGGUUACGAAGGUUCAUGAGAUAUCGAAAUGAUUUUGUUGUUAUAUUGAGCAUCAUAUGUCUUCAACUUCCUUUUGAGUUGGCUUAUGCUCACCUUUAUGAGGUUGUUACAUCCGACCUGCUAAAGUUUGGUCUAACGGUGGUGUACCUCUUGGCCAUUCAGUAUUUCACCCGAAUUGGUGGCAAGAUGGCAGUGGAUCUUGUUAAUCGUGAAAUCAGUAAUAAUAUAGAAUAUAGAGCUGACAGCUUGGUCUACAAGGUAUUUGGCCUUUACUUUAUGCAAUCAUAUGUGGGACUUUUCUACCAUACUCUACUGCAUCGCAAUAUAAUGACGCUUCGGCAAGUUUUGAUUCAACGUCUUAUCUUCUCUGAGGUUCUGGAGAAUCUGUUAGAAAAUUCAAUACCCUAUUUGAAAUAUAGCUUUAAAAAGUAUCGAGCUGUUCGAACUAAGAGAAAAGGCGAAAGAGGAUCAUUUGCAGGAAAGUUUCCCAGAGUGGAGAAGGAGUAUCUUAAACCUGCUUAUUCUGCAAGUAUCAGUGAGGAACUUGAAGAUGGAUUAUUUGAUGAUUUUCUGGAAUUGGCGUUGCAGUUUGGAAUGAUUAUGAUGUUUGCCUGUGCAUUCCCCCUUGCAUUCACUUUUGCUACAUUGAACAAUAUAACAGAAAUAAGAACAGAUGCACUUAAGUUGCUGGUAAUGUUGAGAAGACCCAUUCCUCGUUGUGAUGCAACUAUUGGAGCUUGGCUCAAUAUAUUUCAGUUUCUAAUAGUGAUGUCCAUAUGUACCAACUGUGUACUACUAGUAUGCCUAUAUGAUCGGGAAGGGAAAUGGAAUAUAUCCCCUGGACUUGCUGCUAUUCUUCUCAUGGAACAUGCUCUUUUGCUGAUUAAAUUCUUAUUCUCCCAUAUUGUUCCUGAGGAGCCUGCUUGGGUCAGAGCCAAUCGCAUGAAGAAUGCCACUCACGCACAAGACAUGUGCUCUAGGGAGCUUUUGAGGACUAUAUCUGGUGGUCAGAAAACGUUUAAAGAACUGGUUAAGAAUGAGUAACAAAGAAACUCGGCAAUGUUGCGGUGUGUUUUCUCUUCCCAACUUGAUUACAGAGGGUACCCGCUUAAGGCGAAACAAAAGUACUGCUAUGCUUGUUAAUGUUAAUACUUGUAGUGUUAAUGUUUGUGGUAUCUAGAAAGCCUUGAAUGACUGCAAUCACUGCAUUCUUUGGCGAUUGAGAAUUUGACAGUAUUUGUGCCUUCCUUGUUUAAAGAUCAUUGCAGUACAAGGAGAAAUCAUAGAACUGUCUUUUCACCUAUUAUUUUUUCCAAGUUCAGAUUUGGCCAAUUCGGGAAUGUAUGGCGUUUGUUGGCAGGUAA